UUACUUUUGCGUUGAAGGACAAAUUGUACAUUUUAAUUGUACGUGUUUAUAAAACGACAUAUUGUAGAAAUUAUUAUUAUAUAUAUAUAUAUAUAUAUAAAUAUCUAUAUAUUAUUUAUAUAUAUAUAUAUAAAUAUCUAUAUAUUAUUUAUAUAUAUAUUAUAUAUUUACUCUUACGAAAUAUAAUUUCGUUGGAAAAUGAAGAGAAACUUGUUGGCCAAUUUCUGUCAUCGAAUUAUUCGUCCUGGGAAACUUCUGAUAUAUCGCCAUGGAAAUUUCAGUCUCGUCUAGAAAUUACAGAUGUUUCGACGCUUAACAGGACCGUAGCUUUUGGUUCUUUAUCGACGUGGCUCUUCAGAGAUUAAGCCGAAGACAACGCAAGACAAUUUUAUCUUAGAAUCAUUGCAAAUAUAAAAACAAAAAAAAAUGAUAUCAUGUUGAAUAAUAUAUAUAUUAUGAUAUAUAGAAGAGGCUUUUCGGACAUACGAGUGUCCCUUUAAUCAUUAACUUUUAAGACUAAAUCAAUUACUUAUGCGACGUAGAUUUGCAUUAAAUGCUAGCAAUGGUAUAGAGCAUGAUGUAUGUGUUUACAAUUCGAUCGAAGUAUAAUUAUGCGCUAUAUUUUCUAUUUACUACUACUUCGAAAAAUUAUAUUAAUCAAUCACGAAUAUAUAUUUUAUAUUGUUGCAACUUUCACGGUAUGUUUUUGUUUCACGCGAUAGAAAAAGAAAUUAACCGCUUCUAAUACGUAAAUCUUUCUACUAUUCAUUAUUUUUUACUGACUUUCAUAGUUUAUGGUUAUUAUACGUGUUUAACGAAGUUGGAUGUGUCGGAAUGAUUUUUGGAACAAUUUCCACAACAACGUAGUCUGGUUCUCUCUCAUCUGCACAUACUUUGCACAUACUUAAGAUCCUUUUACGAGAAAGAAAUAAAUCGUUUGGAUGAGGAAGGAAGUGAGUGGCGCUUCCGUUUCCCAGGACGGUCGUGCGAGUCUCACAAGUGACACGCGACGAAGUCGAGGGCGAUCGAAAGGUUGCCAAUUUGUUUUGGAGCCAAUCAUACGAGUUUGACUUUGCUAGCAAUGAGAAAUCGAUAAGUUUCUCCUUCUCUUCGUAAGAACUAAGAAAAUAGUUCUACUUACAAACUUUCUCUCGUUAAAGAUCGGUAAAUAUUUUUAUAAAAAUAGUACAAAGAAACGUUAAAACAAUUAUACAACAGAUUGUUAAUUUUAAUUCAAUAAAUCGAUACGAGUGAUUUUUUGUGCGAUUUCUUUUACGAAUUAAAAAGGAAAACUCGUAUUAUUAGCUCGUUUAUAAAAACAAACAUUUGGGUGCGUGGGAAAUUACGUACCGCAUAGCUGAAACAGUGGCUAAGCACCCAUAUCACGUACUGUAUAUGUAAUUAGACUAUCGAUAAUUCUAACAUUACAAUGAUAUAUUGUACGCAUAGCGUCAUUGCAUUCAUUCUUGUUGAUACAAAUGCGUAUAAUCAUGCUACGCGCGAUGUGCAAGAAAUGUAUAAGUCGUUCAAUUAUAUAAUUAUUACCAAUAAUUACAUGUACUGUUUAAAAUAUGUAUGGGUACAUACAAUUUUACACCAAGGAAUGGUAAUACGUGUAGAUAAAACCCCAUUGUGUUUAUUUUGGUACGUACGUCAACUGUAAAUUACCGAUAUUAGAUAAAUGUUACUAUUUUGGUACUAAGAUCGCUUGGUGUCGGAUGACUAGUCUCAAAUUGAUUUCAUGCAUAUGUUUAUGUAUGUAAUACAGUUCUUCAAGUUGUGUUAGGGAUAAAUACAGUGAUACUAUGCGUACAGAUACGAAUUGAAACAGAAAUGAUGAAUAAAUAGAGAGAAAAAUAUUAAAUAUUCUAUAAGCAAACAUAAAGAAAAAUAUAUAUACAUAUAAGUAGUAAAGAGUAUAAAUCACAGAGAGGGAGGAAUUCGUAUGAGUGCGACUGGAUGAGUGAGAAUACGUCAUGAGCAUUGCGUCAAUAACUGACGUUAUACAUUUUGCCACGAAAUACACUGGUUUUUGAAUAAAUAUCUAUUUGAAUUACGAACAUUUAUAUUCAGUAAUACUUAACAUCCUUCAUUUUCCUGUCUAAAUUCUUCAUCUACUUUUGUCAUAAUUUUGUGUGUAUUUUCGAGGUAAUUCAAGUAUCCACCUUUUCUGAAGUGUACGGUACAGUGUACGAUAAGUAAUGCUCGAUCCACAAUAACUUGGUUAUCUGCUGAUUUUCACCUUAUGUAAUAUUUCAAGCUACUGACGAAUUACCGAUGCUUAAACAGAUUUCUAAACGCAUGGUGAAUAAUUAACGGUAAGUUCUUAAUGGUUCCUAUUAAUUCUAAUAGCGAUGUAGAUCAAUUUGAAAAACUUGUCCAUAUCAUUUGUAAGAUAGAAUGCAAAGCACGUGCCGCGGUUCGGUCAGUUCAUAGGCGCCAUGGGUAGAGCAAAUGAUAUUGCAUGAUUAUAGAGGAUAGAGGAAGCCGGUUGAUGUGCGCACGCGUCUCCUCCGGCACGAGUAGACGUGUGCGUGAAAGUAACGACGAGAGUGGGGAUUGAAGGCGGGUGAGGAAGCCGGGUGGGGGCAGAGGGGUGGAGCAGCCGCCGUCUGAUGACACCUGUGGCUCGACCCCCACGAUCAGUCCAGACGCGACCGUCCACGCGCCGUGUUGUUGCAGUGUUUUUGCACACCUACCGCUCUACGUACACAUAUACGUUUACAUAUAUUCAACAACGUGAUACAUUCACACGUCUAUGAAUGUACACUUGCACGCGCGAUUCACGUGUAUAAGCAUGCAUACAAACGUUAGUAGGCGCACACGUGCAAACGGGUAAUUUUUACCCUUUACCACGUGACAGGCUGUCGUGCGCAUCUGCCAUUAUCGUGAGUGAACUGUCAUUGUGCUUCUUUUUCGUUCAAGAUAGAAAAGAAGAGGAACACAAGGAGUAAUCGUUCUUCCCGGUAAUCGCAAGUUGAGGGAAGUCCGCCGGAAAGUGUCAUCUGACGAUCGAUGUCGAACAUCGAAUCGACCUACCGAGGAAAAAUAAGAAAGCAAUCUAGAUAAUUGGUGAGAUUCAGAUCGCAAGAAGUACUAGCAACUUGUUGACAGUAUCGGGUGGUUGUUAUCUCACCGGAUAGUUGUGAAGUAUGUCGUUAUACGUAACAUACAAAACAUGGUUACCCAACCCGCUAUAUAACGCGUUUCCGUGAUAUGCGUUUACGCGAGUGUCAAUUAUUUUCUAGUUAUUGGUGAAUUUUACUUCUUUCUUUCUUCUUUUUUCUUUUUUUUUUUUUUUGAAAAUGAUGCGUCGUACACCUAGUUAAUCGAGUAUAAUGUCGAUAAGGUGAAUGGAAAGUUAACAGAUCACGCGACAGUGAUGCAGUGCCGUAGUGUCAGUGCAAAGUGCCACGUGCCCAUUGCUUGGAUUACUUGAAGAUGCCGACGUCCGGUGGAUACUAUGACGACAGGAAUCCUCUGCUCAAGGGCACCUUAUCGAGCGUGGACCGGGACCGGCUUCGGGAGCGGGAACGACAAGCCCGCGCGGCGAUGUCGGUCCAGGCCGAACAAGCGGCUGCAGGAGGUGGUCCUGACACCAGACACCAUCACCAUGGCCACCACAACCACGCUCACCAUCAUUCUAAUCCACACGCUGUCACCGCCCCGCUCUUCCGUGCUCCUGUCAGGGUGAGUCCAGACGCCCGAGACAGCACGACGCAGCAAAUUCAAUCGAAACUAGGCAACUAUUCUCUGGUGAAGCAUCUUCUGGACGAGCCGAAACGGCUGAUCGGCAUCGAGGGUGUACCGCCGAGCCCUGCUCCGCCCCCGGCCGGGUGCAUUCGACUGAGUUCCAAUUCGGUUGGCGCAAAUUCCAGGAGUUCGCCCUCCUCCCAGGAAUUCAAGAAACCCGGAGGACCGAGGACCGAUGUUGGCGGCUCGUCCUCGUCGACUUCGUUGUCGUCCUCGUCGUCGAGUCAUCAACGCGGCGGUUUCGUGAAACCGGCCGAUGGAAAGCCGCCGUAUGGAGGCCGGGGUAGUUACCCCGGUCAGCCGGUGAAGCACGGGGGCAACAGCAACGAUCAUCGGAGCCACGGUUUAUUACCCGCCAAAGGGCCGCCCACGAAUUCACCCGGGAACGGUACGCUCUUUGGCAAUUCGAAUAUCGGGAAUUCCAGCGGCAGCAGGCUUCACUCUGUCGGCAGCAGACUGUCCAGGUUACCUCUCGAUAACGGAACAAGUUCGAGGCCUGGUCCAGCCGAGAGUUCCGCGGAUGUAGAGAAUAUUUUAAAGGAAAUGUCCAUGCCGCCCACGCCUCUGUCGGCUAUCGCCCAGACGCCGAGAAAGGAGCCGGAGUCGAAGUUCAUGUUCAAUCCUGUGCUAGCAAAGUUGACCGAGGUGACGCCGCAGGAAGCCACGAAGCCUCAGCGCGAGAGACACACCGCCAACAGGCUAUCGGCUGAUUUGGAGCGGGACUUGAGUUUAUCCGAGGACAGCGAUGAUGAGACAAGCAAGGAAACGUCAUCGCGAACGACAAGGGGAAACAGAAGCCCAGACCUCACGGUCGAUUUAUCAACACCCCUAAUACCAGCGAUGACACCAGCCCCGCCACCCCUGGCACCCAUGUCACCCAUGGGUCCGUCACCGGUGGGUCCUCUCUCACCCACGAGGCAACUGAGUCCAAUCAGACCUCCGUCACCGCCGAAGCAGUUGACUCCUGAACAAGUGCUCUCACCUCCACCCGUGAGCCCGUUGCAAUCGAAAGGUACUCCAAGCCCAACGACUCAUCAAAGGCCACCCAGUCCUUCCGUUCAGGCUCCACAGAGUUCCGGUAGCGCCAGUUCAAGCUCUGAUUCCGGCUCUGAUUCCGGAUCUGACAGCAGCGACGAUUCUGAGGAUGAAGCCAGCACACAACCCACCAAAGGCCCUUCCACUCCUCCAUCGGUAUCACCAAAGAAUGAAAAUUUGAUCGAAGAACCGCCGCCUGCGAUCGAGGAAUCGAAACCGAGAUGGAACCUCAGUUCGUUCUUCAAUAAGACCAACAUGUCUCACGGGGAACAGAAUUCGGAAAACAAGCAAGCUCAGGAUUGCAAUAGGCGAGAAGGUUCUCCGGCGGCAACGACGGACGCUAGAACGCACAGGGAAAAGGCAGCUCAUGAUUGGCAGCUCGACGAGGCCCUGAAAAGCACUCGUAACGCCACAAUGAUCAGUGUGCUGGACAGUGACAGUGAUCGUCCCUCGGAUCAAGAGAAAAGUCAGCCAGCGGAGGAAAAUCAGCCAGAAAAACCAAAAGUGGCGGACACCAGGAAACCAGGUCGACCUCCGGGUCGUCCCAGAAAGCUUACCAACAAGAAUACGAAAGGUGGUCAUCGGACGCCAGAAGAAAAUCUGAAAAAUGGUAAACCUCGUAACAGAACGAGAGGAGUGGGUAGCCCCAAGAAGAAGGCGCCUCUUUCGAAACCCACCAUAACGACCAGCGAUGAUGGAAGCGAUGACAGGUCACAGGGAGCUUCUAGCGACUCGGAUAGCGAUCGACCGACCAGGGUGUCACCCGUAGUAGUCCCAAUAAACGAAAAGAGAUCCAAGUUGAGUGCAUCUUCCAGCGAAGAUGAACGCCCGCCAAAUAGAAAAAACAACAGUGCCUCCGAUGAUGAUAAUACACGCUGGAGAAGAAUGCCUAUCAAAAGGAGUAAACUGGCAGAUUCGCCGAAGAAGCAAGAGAAGAGAAAGAGUCCCGCGAAGGCGAAACCUAGAAGGUCCAACCCACGGGUGACCAAUGUUGGCGGGUCUGAUUCUGAUAGCGAGUCUGAGUUGUCCGUGAGAAAUCGUAUUCAGGUUGCCAGAGUACCUCCAAGGCCAAGGGCACCACCGACUAGAGCUACUUCUCCAGAAAAUUCAGACAGCGAUAACAGCCCAGGUCCGAAGUUACAGGAAGAGGACGCGGGUAACGUACAGGACAAGAAGAAGAGCGACACUCUUCGGAAAGUAUUUUCAUCUUCUAUGGGAGGAGGAAAGGUCGGAGGUAAAGGAGGGAAAGGCGGUAAAGGCGGAGGAAAAUGUGGCAUCUAUGUGGAGGAAUACACCUCUGCGAAUACACCGACAGGAGGAGACAGUCCGUACAAGAGACCGUCGUCACGGGCAUCCAGUUUGAUUCAGUCUUUCCCACCGCUCACCUACGUGAAUGGUGUGCCAAGUUUGCCCUGCAGGAUCGACCUGAGCAAACUUCCGCAUAUAUCCCAGUUGUCGAGGGGUCAAGAGUUGAGACAACGCACGGAACUUCCGGACACGAGGCCGUCGUCGAGACAAGCCUCGACGCUGACUUUACAAGCCCCUCGACCGCCUACGCCGGAGGAAGGGGAGAUUGUCGAUACGCCACCGCCUCAACAACUAGCCUCCGAUACGAGGAUUCACGGUGACGUAUUGUUGGUCGACGGUGACCUUAAGAAUCGCGUUGUGAUCAAGAGCGAACUCAUAUCGGACACGAAGAGUAAUUGCGGCAUCGGUUUCGGGGCUGGUGUCGUCUGUGCAGGUGCUAGUGGAUGUGGUAGUGGUGCGGGUAGCCUGCCCAAGAGGAAACGUAGCCCGAGUUGUAGUUCAGUGUCCAGUUUCGGUACUGUGUGUUCCGCGGAGACUAAAACGAAAGAGUCGGGAGAACACAAAGAGCGGAGGAAGAGAAAGAGGAAACAUUCUGAUGCCGGAUCAGUUACACCUAGGCCAUCUUCAAGUCAGCAAAGUGAAAUACAACCAACCAACCACGAACGGGAAGAGAAAUUUGACACCAGUUUAUUACCGCCACCACCUCCGCCUCAACGAGUGUAUUAUUCCUACUUUAAUCCUCAGAAUGAAGUUUUGGAGGAUCAGGAUAGGUGUAGGGACCAGAAUCAGUACCUGAUGGAAGCGAAGCGGCUAAAGCAUAGCGCUGACAAGGAAUGCGAACUCACGGCGCAGGGUAUGCUUUAUCUAGAAGCCGUUCUCUGUUUCCUGCUCACUGGAAAUGCCAUGGAGGCGGAUUCUCUCACGGAGAGGGCAUCGUUCACCAUGUACAAGGAUACACUUAGUCUCAUCAAUUAUUUCCGAUUUCCACUUGCUCUACUUAGAUACAUCUCGUCUAAGUUCAAGAGCCAGCAGAGCAACUCGACAGAGAGUAAUAUACAUAACAAGCUGGUCAUUCUAAGUCUCUUUUGUCAAUCCCUCAUAUAUUUGAAGCUGUACAGGAUGCGCAAAUACGAAAUCAAAGAGACCCAAAGAAUUCUCAAUGAGUACCAUCAAAAGGCUGCUCAGGCAACACCGGUACAAGCAGAAGGACAAGGAACGCCAUCUUUAUCCCCAACACCAUCACCAGCUGGUUCUGUGGGCUCUGUUGGUAGUCAGAGUUCCGGAUAUAGCAGCGGUGAACUAGCAAAUCGGGGAGCUGCUUCGGGUCAACCGCAGGCAGCUCCGUCGUACGUUAGUGUUCCAUAUAUUAUUUAUAACGCUAUGAAUAAGCAAAAUUACCAAUUUAACCUGCUACUGAACUGUCUCGAACUGUGGGACCAGGCAAACGCUUUGGUGACAGAUAUGAAUAGAGAUUUCUUCAUCGAGCUGGAUGAAAGAUUGGGACCCCUCACAUUGAAAAGUUCAUUGCGUGAUCUGGUGCGCUACGUUCAAGCCGGUAUAAAGAAGCUUCGAGAUCUCUGACCACAGUGGCAUAGCCCCAGACCGCCCACCCCUAAUUAUAUUACUUCUCUCCCACAAAACAUGGCCACGUACCCAACGAUGUACACGUAAAGAUAUAUAAAACGAUCUUUGUGGACUUGGAAGACGUACGGAAGAUCGACAAUCUUGUGAUUAUAGUAACGUAACGCGCGUUGAGAAAAUUGUCGAGCAAGAAAAAAAGCAAAACAGCGGGAGACGUCGAGUAUAUUCUCAAUGAUUAAGGACUAUUCUGGUGGGGAGCAAGAAUUGAAGGUGGUCUGGGGAGCAACGAAGAGACCGUUGUAUUCGAUAUAAUUAUAUUCGAAAGCUCUAAUCACUAUGUUUCUUCGUUCGGGGGUUCGUGAAUGGGCGCCCUGGCAUUUUUUAAAA